GCAAGGAUGCAGGCACAGGCUGCGGAUUUUUGCGAAUAGCGGUGCAACCGCAUGGCUAGGCCCUUGCCUAGAGGCUCGUGGUGAAGUUCGAAGGAGGCCUGCGCACGGUGAGCGCAGCGCGACCUCGUGCCGCGCGCUGGGAGCUGUCAGAGCAGAGCCUGAGAGCUGUCAGAGCAGCCGCCGCGGGGCGCCCCGAAAGCGCGGCGCUGGCCGCAAGGAAGCAAAAAGCGCGCUGGAGGUUCCCGUCCUCCUCCAGCCUAAUCUAAACCCCGGUGAAUAAAUAGUCAUGGCGGACGCGCUCAGCGCCGCGGCGAAGGCGCGCCGCCAAAGGACGCCCCAGGGCAACGCGCCCGCGCCGGACCAGGUCGAGACGCGGAGCGGCCACUUGGUUGUGCGCGCGGCCGCCAUCGCGGACCCGCGCGGCGUCGACGUGUCGGUCAAGCCGCGGACGUUGAUUGAGCAGGCUUUGGGUUGCGACUUCGUGAGGGAGCGCUUCGUGGUCGGCGCGGGCGCGGGCACGGGCGCCUUUUCCUCGUGUUUCUUCGCGGAGGACCGCCUAGCCGAGAGGGACGUCGUCCUCAAGUUUACCGAUGUCAGGAAGCGAGAGCAUGCCACGAUGUGUCUGCGAGAGACGGCAGUAUUAAAAUCCAUCAGCCAUCCAGCUAUCGUCGGCCUCUACAGCGAACACACGAUCCCGUGUGGCACGCACCACGUCGCGGUCAUGGAGGCGUUACAUGGUCCUGAGUUAAAUGAUCUGAUCGAGUCGAUCGGAGCGUUGAAGGAGUCCUAUGUGCGCGUGGUCGCGCGGGAUGUCGCGUCGGGCCUCGGGUAUCUUCAUAGAAGGGGCGUUUUACACAGGGACGUCAAGCCCGACAAUGUCAUUUGUGUGGGGAGUAGCCGGACGGCCGACGACCGCCCGCCGACGCGGUGCGUGCUCAUCGACUUUGGGCUGGCUCGUACGCUGUCGCCGGCGGACAUCGAUGCCGCCGGCCUGAAUUCCGAGGAGCUGGACAAGUCGCUGUCGAGACUGGCGAUCGACAUGUCCGCCGUCGGCAACCGCUUGUAUAGUGCUCCCGAAACCAAAAGAGCUGCGCCGAAGGCCUACCCCGAAGCCUUGGCGCCGUGCACGUCGAACUACGGCGUGGCGGCCGACGCUUAUGCCCUCGGGAAGACGCUCGCGCACGCGCUGACGGGGCGCGUCGGCGAGCCGCUGACGGGCGUCGAGCAGCUCUGCGGCUUCCUUUGUUCGAGGGGCAAGCCGAAGCGCAAGACCUACUCUUCGCUAAGGGACUGCGUCUCGGAGGACUGCGCCGAUGCGGUGCGCGGUUUACUGAAGGCCCGGCCCGAGGAGCGGACCAAACUAAAACAGUUUCUGGUAAGCUCGUGGGUGCGGCCGACGACGUAUGACGAUAAUAUGGCGCCCGCUUCUUCCUUCCAUUUGCUGGAGUGCGCGCUGGAUCUGAGUGCGAGGCGCCGGUCCAAGGACUACGACGAGCAAAACAUGGCCAACAUGAAUCCCAGCGCUGCUUAUAAGGGGCGCCAGGCGCCGCUCAUCGAGCUGAGUUCGUCGACGAAACCCAUCGUGUCGCCGCCGGACCCGCGCAUGGCCGCCGCCGCGCGGACGCCGCCCUUCGAGCGGAGUCCGCAGUCGACGCCCGCGUCGACGCCGGGCCGGAACUCGCCCUCUCAGAUGGACGACCACCUCGCCGCCGUCGCCGAGAGCCCGCCGCGGCGGCGGCGGCCGCCCAAGGUUACGGGCUCCAUGGAGAUGGACGCGUCGCAGCGGAGCGGCGCGUCGUCGCGCAAGGAGUCGCCGACGGAGAUCUAUAGGACGCUCGAGGACUCGCCGACGGACCAGACGGAGCUGGACCGGCCGCAGCGGCGGCCCUCCCUCGAGAUGGACUGAUUGAUAUGAUAUACAUACUUCCCCCGCCCGACCAUGAACAUUACAGGACGCCAGCAGGCUCCGCUUGACCACUUGCGCGAGAAACCGCAACGUCAGGGAGUUGCCGCCUCGGAAGCCGCACUCCUCACAUCGUCGCCCAUCACCCCCUUGUUUGCUGCACAUAGAGAAUCAUCCCCCAUUGCUUGUAACAUACUUCCCGGUU